ACCAUGGCGGACGCCGUCUCCGUCCCCCCGCUGGAGGAGCGGCGGCGGCUGCAGGCCGAGCUGGAGGACUUCGCGGAGAGCUGCUGCCGCACGCUGGGGGAGGUGGCGGCGUCGCUCGGCUGGAGCGUGGACCGGCUGGACGCCGAGGACGCGGCGGCGGAGAUGGUUACCUGCCCCUUUGAUCCCAACCAUCACAUGCCUCAGACAUCUUUGGCCAAGCAUAUGGUAUCCUGCCAGCUGCGAAAACUGGGCUACACGCAGGAGGAGGAGGACAAGAUGUAUACUUCUGAGUUUUUCUAUGAAAAUGCGAACGUCCCUUCAGUCACUUUGAAUAAGGACUCGCAGUUCCAGGUCAUCAAGCAGGCUAGAGCGGCAGCUGGGAAAGAUGGCGGCAGUGAGUUCCAGAGGGUUCCCUCCGUGCUGCCCCCCGAAGUCCCUCUGAAUCACAAACGCUGCGUGUGUGACCUUACCCCAGCCGACCGCCUGGCCCUCUACGACUUUGUGGUCCAGGAGACUAAGAAGCAGCGGCCCAACUCCUCACAGAUGGAGAAUGACAGUGACCUCUUUGUCGACCUGGCCGCCAAAGUCAGCCAAGACACGAGCCGGAAGAGCCCCAAGUCCUACCUGGAGAUCCUGGCCGAGGUGCGGGACUAUAAGCGGCGGCGUCAGUCCUACCGGGCCAAGAAUGUGCACAUCACCAAGAAGUCCUACACGGAGGUGAUCCGGGAUGUCAUCAACGUGCACAUGGAGGAGCUGGGCAGCCAGUGGCAGGACCAGCAGGAAGAGGACACGGGCAGGAGCGAAGAACGACGCUCGGCCUCAGGCUCACGGCAGUCGGGCGGGAGCGACGUGCAGGCUGAGGACUCGGGGCACCGGAGGAAUCGGAGCAGAAGCCCACACAGACGGAAGCGGGCGCGGGAGGAGGAGAAGGAGAAGAGCCACGAGGGCCGAAGAAGGAAGGAGAGGGACGGGGAGCGACAUCACAGUCACAAGAGGAGGAAGCAGAAGGCCUGAGCAUCCCAGCGGGACCACGAGGGUGGGCGGAGGCCACCCUCAGACCCGGCUGUUGUCCAUCCGGCUUUGCUCUGGGAUAGGCAGUGCUCCCCACGGAGGACCUGGAUCUUCUUCGGGAUGACGGGCAUGUGUGGGAUUAUUUCCGUCAACACCAAAAGCGGAUGG